UCACUGACCUUAUAUUUAGGAUCAGAAAAUAUUUUUACGGUUUCUUAGAGCUAUAUAUAUAUAUAGCAAAUACAAGGUAAAAAACGUAAGGUUCAUUACGUUUCGUAUUAGUGUAAAUACGCCACGCGAUAUGAAUUAUCGAUAAUAUAAUAGUACUAGCAUUGAUUCGGCGCGGUACAGGAACGAAAUUACUACACACGGACGGACAGCGCGUGCGUGCGCCACGUACACACAAACGUAACAUUCGUUUGGCAUGUAUAUUUGUUUGAAAUCUCUAGGUAUAUGUUAUAUGUAAUUACAUCACCGGUUCACGACAUCGGUUAUUAGCUCAGACGUGGAUCCGUUCCGUUCGAUUUAAAUUUUGCGAGCGGUGAUAAUGCCAAAGUGUUCAAACGUGAAAUUGUUCACCGCGGUUCUGUUUUUUAUUAGUUCUAUACUCUUAUAGAAAAUUAUAGAUCAUGUUUCCAUUGUUUCUCAUUUUCGAGUUUCCGAUGGAUCGAGGAACGCGAGACAUUUCUUCGAAGUGUACAAUAAUUUUAUGAUUUAUAGAUUAACUUCCAAACAUGUUAGACAAAAAAAAAAAGAAAGAAAGAGCUGUCCGUUUUUCGUAACGAUCGUGGGCGCUUACCGACCUUCCGUGUUCUAGUACGUAUAAAUGCAUAGUAUAAGAAUGUAACUAAAGUUUUAAUAUUAUUGUAAUUCUUCUGUGUCGAACAAUUUGUAUAUUUUCUAUAUAUAUAUAUAUAUCCUUUAAAGAUUUUACCCUUAAAGACCACGAACGUUUGAUACUGGUUGGACCGAGCGGCUGAUUAGAAUUAAAAAAAAAACUUUGUAAGAAAUUGACCAAAGUUUAGAAAAUGAAAAACAUUUUAUAGAAAAACGGUACGUCGAGAACGCAUAAUUUGCCACGUUCGUGCGCUCCGUAGAAUUUUACAGAGUCACGUAAAACACUAUCCUGUUGGUGCAGGCGUUGAAGAUCGAUGCGACAACGGUUUUCGUCGGAGCAAGGCAACAUUUUUCUUUUGACGAGCAUUCGACGGUGUAGAUUCGAUGUAAUCUAGUUAUUUAAAUAAGUAAAUAUUUCAUAGAAACGUCCAAUUUUCGUCGUAUCGUUUCCUUCUUCGCUUUAUUUUUUCGUUUCGAGUCUUCUAGUUAAACAAGCGUACAGUUUAAUCGAAUGUCGAUGUUAAUUAAUUGGGAGUCAAUGUGCACGAAUGCGUACCAUCUUUUUACCGUUUGCCCUAACUUGCGCAAGAUUCAGCGGUUGAAAACAGUUAUGAUGUCGGUUUCGGUUUCGGUUUCGGUUUCGGUCUUUCAGAAUCGAUAUCACAUUGGUUCCAUAACGGUUAUUUUUCGGUUCUUGGUUUCGGUUCUGUGCGAUAGACAAGAACACUCUAUAAUAUCUGUAAUACAAAGUAUUACAAAGAUGUGAUUACAUCGCACGGAUUUUCGAUCUAAAUAUAGAAUUUAUACUUUUAACGCUUCAAGGAAAUAUAACGUAUUUAUUACGUAAACUAGAACUACCAUUGAAAUGCGUAACCGAAAAAUAACAAUUAGAGAACCGAUAUAAGCCAAAACAGAUAGAACUUAUUAUUAAGAUAAUACUUUAAUUUGUUUAAAUAUUUAACAGUUACGAGAUCUUUUCUGUUCUUCAUAACUGUUUCAAUCAGAGAAUCGAUGUAUAAGAGUUUCAAACGGCUAUUUUCGGAAUCUUUUCAAUUCUUGGCGAGGUUGUUGCCUAUCCUCCUCGUUAUAUGACGAAAAUGUCGGUGAAAUAUACCAAGAAUUAGAAAUAUUUGAAUGAAAAACCGAGUAGCCGAGAAAUGAAACGAAAGAAAAGAAAUUUUCUGUGAUCGGAAUGUUCGAACAUCAAAUCAUUGUAUAAUUUCAUACCACCAGUUUGCCUGUUACCGAAUUCCCUGGACACAAAAUAAAUAAGUGUCUUUUGAAAGACGAUCUUUUCGUGCCAUCUUACCGUGCGCGCAUCGUCGGAUUUUCUAACAUCAUAAGUAAUCGUUGUAUGGUGGUGGAAUUUGUGUUCCUUGUCCGUUGCCUUUCCACCACUCUGCAACAUAUAUCGCACUGCAUCGCACUGGUUGUCGUCACGUUUUUGUCGAUCGUAAUGUGAAAACCAGUUGGACUCGCUAGCAACACUUUACGUGGGAGUAUAUAUAGUAUAGCUAGACUUUUGAACGUCUCCGUGAAACAACCACAAGCGUGCGUUUGUCCCGCUUUUUGCUAAAUUCGAAGACAUCGCAUGUGCGCAAUUAAUCCUUCUCCUUAUAAAAGCCUUCGCCUUUUCUUCUUGCUUCCUUCCUUUUUCAUAAUCGAUGCUUCACAUCGAAAUUGUUCGCACGAUUCUUCUCGGUGAUGUUAUUGUCAUUAAUUCGUUCCCUUUUAUUUUUACUGUAACGACACUUCGAUGGUGCAAGUGUUCCGGCUGUCCGAUCGGAUGCACGUGCGACUCACAUGUGUAUUCGGGAAACAUGGGCGGAGCGGAGUAGGUCUGUUUACGAGGAGGGGACCGAAAGAAGAGUGUCAAAAAGGGACUAUCGGAGGAAACGGGGGAAAGGUUUAGUCGUUCGUAGCGUGCUGCCGGUGCGGUGAAGCUAAGCUCACGGGGGUGCUUCGAGUUGAUCGAGUUUUCGGGGACCUACCGACAGUACCGACAGCAGCGCGUGGUGCAGCGCGUAGCUUGCAGCAUGGCUGCACAAAGAAAGAAGGAAUCGUCGAAACAACGGUAUCAAGCGAACGCGCGCGAAAGGGACCGCACUCAUAGGAGCGCGAACAACGCGAACAACACUGAAGAAAAGCAAUCUUCCCUGUGCAGUGUGAACACGGCGUUUAGUGCGCUGAGAACGUUGAUACCGACGGAACCAGCGGAUAGGAAAUUAUCGAAAAUCGAGACUUUAAGAUUAGCCAGCAGUUACAUAAGCCACUUGGGGGCCGUCCUCGUUGCAGGGCCCAUAAAUCAGCAACCCUGUUUACGUAUCGGCGAGGACCGUAAUGGUGUCUUCGGGGCAAACCACUGGCCCGAUUCGCAAACAAGGCCGCAGCUUUGUACUUUUUGCCUGUCCAUGCACAAAAAAUACAAUUUGAACGUUACCUCGAAAGUCAUUUCGGAUUACCAGAAUCACGAGGAAUCAUUGUACGCUAUUCCUGCUACAAAUUCAAUUUCGUCGACGUAUCUUGAUUUCGCCGAUCUAUAGCCGUUUCUUGUUUAUUUGUUGAUAUUUACUACUAUUAUUAUGAUUACGAUUAUUAUUAUUAUUAUUAUUAUUA